CUGUGUUUAUUAAGUUUUCAGUUAAAUAGGUUUCUUUUUAAAUUAAAUGUGAAGGUUAACAAACUUUUCUACUCAGGAAUAGAGUUGUCAUACCUUCGCUACUACAUACUUAAUAAACUAGUUCAGUUCCAUUGGUGACUCGCGAAUUUGUUGUUGGUUUUGUUCAGAUAUGGCAAUAGUGAACAAAGAAACGAUAGUUUGCAGCGGCCAAGUUAAACAAUUUAUGCUUAUUGGGCAGUGAACUGAAAGACAUACCUCUAAAUAUUUUGUAUUUAUAAAUUGAUAAGAGAUUAGCGUCAUGGAGGAACUACGAAAGCAUUUGUCCAAGGUAAACGUGCCUUGCGGAUCUGGAGCAGGCAGUUCCCCGAUUUAUAAGGACGAGUGCGUCUAUUCCUACGAUAAUCCCGAGACUUCUACCGGGUUGUACGUGUGCCUGCACAGCUUUUUGGGCUUUGGAGAGGCGUAUGUGCGUGAAUAUGCCGACAAGACUGGAAACCAGGUCUUCUUGCACAUCCAAAGGGUGAAGAUCCCCAAAGAAGGCGCCGAUACGGAGGCAGAGUGCGAUCCGGAGACGGAGGCUGGACCAGAACGAAAAAUCACCCGCUUGGCCAUCGGUGUGGAGGGUGGCUACAAUGAAUCGGACAUGGCCAAGAAAUUUGAGAUCAAGGACACAUACAGCAUCGUCGUCGCUCCGCAGCUGGACAAAAAGCUUCCGUAUCCCGAUCCCGAGCUUCCAAUGCGUGUCACACAGGCGGUGGAGGCGAUCUUGGCCGCAGAUUCCGCCAUUGCCAAACUAGAGAAGGCCACUCUGAUGGGUACUUGGGAUGGAGAAGUGCGCCAGGCAUCCAAAUACGCGGAGAAUCUGCAACAGCUAGACAAUGGCAAGAAGAUUCCACCAGCGGGUUGGCAAUGCGAGAAGUGCGACCUGACCAACAACCUCUGGCUGAACUUGACCGAUGGAUCCAUCAUGUGCGGACGCAAAUUCUUUGAUGGAAGUGGUGGAAACGACCACGCUGUGGAACACUACCGUGUGACAGGCUACCCGCUGGCUGUAAAACUGGGUACCAUCACCGCAGAUGGCAAGUCGGAUGUGUUCUCCUACCCGGAGGACGACAUGGUACUCGAUCCUUAUUUGGAGCGUCAUCUCUCCCACUUUGGCAUUAACAUGGCCGCUAUGAAGAAGAGCGAGAAAUCAAUGGUGGAGCUGGAGUUGGAUAUUAAUCAGCGCAUUGGUGAAUGGUCGGCGCUGACAGAGAGCGAGAGUGAGUUGACACCGCUCGCCGGCCCUGGGUACACUGGAAUGCGAAACCUGGGCAACUCCUGUUACAUCAACAGCGUGAUGCAGGUACUCUUUGUCAUCCCAGACUUCCAGCAGCGAUACGUUGGCACCGGAGCCGAGCGCUAUUUUAGAGAGUUCCCUAGUGACCCUGCCAACGACUUCGAUAUUCAAAUGGCUAAACUGGGCAAUGGUCUGCAGUCCGGCAAGUACAGCAGCAUUGCAGAGAACACGCUUGACACUGAUCACUCCACUGGAAUCUCGCCAGCCAUGUUCAAGAACAUUGUGGGAAAGAAUCACCCUGAUUUCAGCACCAAACAACAGCAGGAUGCCAACGAUUUCUAUCUGUAUUUGCUUACCCUGCUGGACAGGAAUUCGCGCAAUCAAACCAAUCCCGCAGAUGCUUUAAAGUUUCUGCUAGAGGAUCGAGUGGAGUGUCUUGCCAGCCGCAAGGUGAAAUACAAGACACGCGAGGAAUACAGCUUCCGGCUGCCUAUUCCUCUGGAUAAGGCGACCAAUCUGGAUGAAGUGCGAGAGUUCCAGGAACGGGAAAAAGCAGCCCGUGAGGCAGGACAACGGCUGGUAGACCGAGACAUCGUCAGACACAAAGUUCCUUUGCAGGCCUGCCUAGAACGCUUCUUCGGCCCGGAGCUGAUUGAGCAAUUUUAUUCCACUGCCAUUGAGGGCAAGACGAAUGCUAGAAAAGUCACUCGACUGGCUACCAUGCCAGACUGUCUGAUGAUUCACCUGGGAAAGUUUACGCUGGGCGACGACUGGGUUCCCAAGAAGCUGGAUGUAUCCGUGGACAUGCCGGAUGAACUGGAUUUGAGCACCUGGCGCUCGGCCGGUGGUUUGCAAGCUGGAGAGGAGGCUCUCCCCGAAUCCGCAGCUGAACAAGUGACGUUCUCCUUUGACGAAGCGGUCAUGUCUGAGCUUCUCACCAUGGGAUUCCCGCCCGAGGCCUGCAAGAGGGCCUGCUUCCACACGAAGAACAGUGGCCUAGAGGCAGCUUCCAACUGGCUAAUGGAGCACAUUGCUGACGAGGACAUCUCAGAGCCAUUUGUAGUACCAAACAAUCGCAUUGGAGAUGGUGCGGCCAACCAGUUUGUGGCCAAUCCUGAAAGCUUGGCCAUGCUGAUGAGCAUGGGCUUCGAUGAGCGCCAGGCGGUGGCCGCUUUGAAGGCUACCGAUGGCAACGUGGAGCGAGCCACCGAUUGGAUUUUCUCACACGCUGACUCCAUAGGCAUUGACGAAGUUCCUCCUGUCUCGGAUUCAGCAGCUUCUUCGGAACCCAAUAAGAACAACUAUCGCGAUGGUGGCGGAAAAUACAAGCUUGUGGCAUUUAUCUCGCACAUGGGCACCUCCGCCCAGGUGGGACACUACGUCUGCCACAUCCGCAAGAAGGGCGAGUGGGUAAUCUACAACGACAGUAAGGUGGCCAAGUCGCAGAACCCGCCCAAGGACCUUGGGUACCUUUAUCUUUACAUGCGCGACCAGUAGCUAGCCCGAUCUCAGUCCGAUUCCAAACCGACCCGAAACCUAAUAUUAACCUCCCAGAAGAAUGGAAUUUAAAAAUAAAAUACAUAUGUAUACAUACAAAGAAUUAAUAAAUUUCGUGGACUUAAAAGGGAUAAUACCGAAGAUAACACGGCACAAAAAUUAACUAUAGUUAUCGGCUCAAUCCAUGUCAAGAAAACUACUUCGUAAUGCGAUGAGAUUCGAGAGAAAUUCUGACGUGGCAUUAAAAUCAUAUAUCCGUAUCUUGUUAAUGGGAAUUAAUAAAUUGUAAAUAAUUUAUAGAAAUUACAUUUAAAAAAGCUCUGAAUAUAA